AUGACUGCAGACGACCGCCACAGAAUUAUUGUUGGGCUUGACUACGGCACGACCUUCUCUGGGAUCAGCUACGUUACAUCAAAUGAGACCGGUGCUGACAAUAUUGAAGUCAUCAAUCAAUGGCCCGGUACCUCUGAGACGGUUUCCAAGGUCCCUACCAAGAUUGCGUACGCGUCUCAAAAUGAUAACAUCAACGUUGACAAGUGGGGCUUCGCCGUAACCGCAACAAUGGUGUCCUACAUGUGGACCAAAUUGCUACUUGAUGGUAGUACUCCUCUCACUGAGUUCGAUGACCCUGCAUUGAAGGACAUUUCUGGAGAGGGAAUGUUGAAGCUACCACCCAACAGGUCGGCAAGGCAGGUUUGCUCCGAUUAUCUCAAGGGCUUGCAUGCCUAUAUGGUCGACACGCUCUGCAAGAGAUUUUCAACUGAUUUGUACUCUAUCACCCCUGUUGAAUACUGGAUCACUAUUCCCGCAAUAUGGAGCGAUGCAGCAAAAGAUGCAACCAGGUCAGCAGCGCUGGAAGCCGGUUUCGGAUGCCGGCCGCUCGACCAGGUCAAUCUCAUCCCCGAGCCAGAAGCAGCAGCAAUACUAGCUCUCAAGGUUUAUGGUUCUCACCAUGGGAUUGACCCUGUCUCUCCAGGAGACGGCGUGCUGAUUUGCGACUGCGGAGGUGGCACGGUCGACAUUACCACAUACACAGUGCUAGCUACCAGACCCAAGCUGCAAUUUGAGGAACUCUGCGUCGGUGUUGGAGGCAAAUGUGGCUCCACCUACAUUGAUCGCAACUUCAGCAAGUGGAUGGCCGAGCGUUUUGGCUGCUCUUACACAUCACUUCCACCAAAAAGACGCGGCCCUGGGAGCUCGUUCAUGAGAUCCUUUGAGAGUGCCAAGAAAGCUUUCGGGAGCAAGCUUCUCAGUGUGGGUGAUCAGAAAUUCAUUGAGGUUGAGAACAUCUACAUGGCGGGUGUUCACCCUUCUUUACACUAUGAUAGCGACGAAGGGGUGGUCAAGCUGACUUGGCAUGAGAUGAAAGGAUUCUUUGAUCCCGUGAUCAACGACAUCAUUCGCCUCGUCAGUUCCCAAGUCGACCUUGCGAAAAAGAAAAAUCAACACAUCGGUCGCAUCAUCCUUGUCGGCGGCUUCGGCGACUCCGAUUAUCUCAAUGAGCGUAUGAGGAUCUGGUGCAUGCAGAACGGCAGCUCCACCAUGAAGCUGAUUUGCCCCCCACAAUGCCAGGCAGCAGUAGUCAAGGGUGCUGCACUCCGUGGUCUUGAGAGCCUUGUGCCACUGCACCGUAAGGCUCGUCGACACUAUGGGUUUGCUGUUAGUAGGCCCUUCCGCCCUGGAGUGGACCCAGAAGACUACGGCAUUAUCGACAAGUUCUCAAUGGAGAAAAUGUGCAGAGAAAGGAUGGACUGGGUCAUACACAAGGGUCAAGCCAUUACCCCGGCUACAAACGCAAGUUUCAACCUUGCCCUCACGACAGAACAGGAUGAACUCUUCCCAGAGUGCGAAGUGACGCUAUAUUGCUGUAGCCUUGACCAACCGCCAGACUAUGCGCAGGGUUGUGGUGCCGAACGAGUCGGCCAGAUAACCAUUCACUUCUCCUCGAAAGAUUUGAAACGGUCUCGAAAGCGGUAUAACCCGGCCUACGGUAAAACAUUUUGCGAACUCGACUUCGUCGUCAAGACAGAUGUAAACUCUACACAAGGAAUCCUCGCGUUCAAGAGCUAUUCUCACGGUAGACCAACCGGUAACGCCACAAUCGAUUAUACUCACAUCGAGUCGGGUCCUACUGGUCGUGAUUAA